AUGUCUAAUUAUCAGGAAUCAUUAAUUACCAAAAAGUUAGAAAUCUACAACCCAUCCACUGAAUUAAAAGAUUAUAUCAACGUUUCAAAGAGAAUUUCCAACUUGCUAGAUUCUUUACUUAAAGGCGAUUUAAAAGAAGAGGAUAAUUUUAAUUCAGAAACAAUUACCAAAUUAAACAUUGAUUUAUCAUUAAAAUAUCAGAGAGCACAUAUUUUUCUAGAUAGAGAAAAUAUAAAGUCGUUAGAAUCAUCAGAUUAUGCAACAACCAAUUCUGAACGUGUUAUUACAUGUACUACCGAGUAUCAAGAGAAAUUGAAGGAAAACAGCAUACAAAUAAACAAAUUCAAUAACAACGCAUAUUUUAAAAAUGCUGAUAUCAAAAGUUAUAAUGAAGAAUUGGCUUUGUUAAGCCAUCCCAUUUCUAUGGAACUAACCAGAUCCAAAAUGGAAGAGCUCUACGGCAAAGAGUUGUUUCAAAAAAUCUUUAAAAAAGCCUCUUUCUCAUCUCCCCUUAAUAAAAGGCCCUCCACUACCACCUCAAAUAAUGUUAUACUAAACGAAAAUAAACAAGAGCAAGAUGCAAAUUAUCCAAUUAGGCUACUUAUUGAUAAACCUGCUGCAUUUUACAAGGAUCGUUGCAAUGUAAUGAAAAAAAAAAUUAAGAAGGUUACUUUUGACGCUUCUGUAUAUAAGGAUAAAUGGGAGAAAGAUAAUGCUGCAAUAUUAAAAAUUCAGCAACUAUUGGACCAAGAAAAACAAAGUAGAAGGGCUGAAGAAAACUCAACAACCAAGGAGGAAGAUGCUAAUGACGAUGCGGACACAGAUGCAACUAAUGAAGGGGAAGAAGCUGAGAAACAAGACAUUGAGACUUCUGAAAGUCACAGUUGUGACACUGUAGAUGAUACACAUCCGAAUUCUGAUGAUACAAACAAUCAAGAAGGAUCUAAAAAGAAAGAAGAUGAUGGUCUGCCUGGGAAAAACGUUAUCGAACAAAAUGAAGACGACAAAAUUAUGGACAUAGAUACAUCUCCAGAAGUUGUUGAAGAUUGA